GUCUCUCUUCCCCCCCUCCCUCUCUCCCUUCCUCUGCUUCUGCCAACUGGAAGUCUACUCUAGAAGCAUCAAAGGCGAGGGAAUUCCCGAGACGAGCGUCUCCGCCGCGUCGCCGUUCCAAGCGGUGGUAGUACGGGGGGAGGUAUCCGGCCCGCAGGGCGGCGCUGCCGGCUUGUUGAUCGGGGAGUUCGCGCGCGCUCGGCGGGCGAUGGGGCGACGGCCGGCUGCGUCGAGGCGUCUCGCGGCGGCGGUGGCGGUGGCGAUUUUGUUGCUGGUCGUCGCGUCGGCCACGGCGGGAGCGGCGGAGGAGCGCGGGCGGAGGGGCGUGGCCGUGCGGCAGGGCGAGGGGCGAGGGCGCCACCACCACCGGCACGCGUACGCGGCGAUGAUGUACAUGGGGACGCCGCGGGACUACGAGUUCUACGUGGCGGUGCGCGUGAUGAUGCGCUCCUUGUCCAGGGUCGGCGCCGACGCCGACCGCGUCCUCAUCGCCUCCUCGGACGUGCCCCGCGACUGGGUCCGCGCAAUGAGGGAGGAGGAUGGCAUGAGGGUGGUGGUUGUCGAGAACCUGAAGAAUCCUUACGAGGGCAACCUUGGAGGAAUGAACAGGAGGUUUAAGCUGACAUUGAACAAGCUCUACGCAUGGAGCUUGGUCGACUAUGAGCGUGUCGUCAUGAUCGACUCCGACAACAUCUUCCUCCAGAACACCGAUGAGCUCUUCCAGUGCGGCCAGUUUUGUGCUGUUUUCAUCAAUCCAUGCUACUUCCACACUGGCCUUUUCGUGCUCCAGCCUUCUAUGGAUGUGUUUAAUGGCAUGCUUCAUGACCUGGAGAUUGGCCGUGACAACUCUGACGGUGCAGACCAAGGCUUCCUAGUCGGCUGCUACCCAGACUUGUUGGACAAACCAUUGUUCCACCCGCCUGAAAAUGGCACCAAACUCAACGGAACAUAUCGCCUUCCUCUCGGCUAUCAGAUGGACGCAUCAUACUACUAUCUUAAACUCCAUUGGCAUGUUCCAUGCGGUCCUAACAGCGUGAUCACAUUCCCUAGUGCCCCUUGGUUUAAACCUUGGUACUGGUGGUCCUGGCCAAUCUUGCCACUGGGCCUUUCCUGGCACAAGCAACGCUGGGAUGAUCUUGGUUAUGCUGCUGAAAUUCCGGUGGUCCUCAUGGAGCUGCUAAUGUACAUAACGAUCAUAGCCGUCACCAGAUUGGCAAGGCCACAGAUGACAAAACUGUGCUAUAAUCGGCGACCUGAGAAACAAGGUGCCCUGCUGCAGUGGCUAAUCAAGCUGGCCGGGAUUGUGGCCAUGGUGGCUGCAUAUGCGAUCCCAUUCUUUGUAAUCCCAUGCACAGUUCAUCCAAUCAUGGGUUGGUCCAUGUACCUCUUUGGCGUCCUCGCCUUCUCAACGGUCGUGAUCAAUGCAUUCCUGCUCCCACCGCUUGCCGUGCUCACUGCAUGGCUUGGGAUUGUUGGAAUGCUCUUUGUCAUGGCAUUCCCAUGGUACCAUGACGGCAUCGCGAGGAUUCUGGUGGUCGUCGCCUAUGCGUUUUGCUCUGCACCAUUCCUGUGGGCAUCCAUCGUGAGGGUGAUGGACUCAUUGCAAACAAUGCUUGAGAGGGAUCCGCACUUCCCCCGGCUCGGUGAUCCAGCACCUGAGACUGAAUUUAGCAAACUGUACUGAUUCUUUUGUAAAGGUUUGAUAUGCUUCAUCAUCAUCAUAUGGACAGCUGAUUCAGAUUGGCUGAUUAUUGAUUCA